GUUGAUGUUGAUGGUGGGUUCGUCACCGCCUCUCCCAGACUGCUUUAUGUCUGGCAGCAGAGACCAUGCGCGGUCGCCAUAUUACGGAGCACCCCUCCCCUUCAGUCCCGUCACAGCACAGAGCCACAGCAGCGGUGCAGGAGGCUACAUAUACUGAACAACGCUACCGCUGGGGAGGACCAGUGAUACAGCAAAACCAAGACCAAAACGAGGAUUCAGUGGAAUGGAUUAAACAUUUGUACGCCGCUAUUAAGUGAUCGUAUUUGGCUUUACGUCGCUGUGAGCCGGAUGAAAGGUUGCUUGUUUACAUUCUCUUUGCUUUGAACAAAUUCAGCAGCUAAAACGACUCGCUAUAGUCUGUGUUUAGCUAGCCGGGGAUGGAGACAGGCGGCUAGCUAGCGGACGUUACUCCUCUGUCAGGCUAGCAUCUAAUACUUACUUAGCUAGCAGCUUUUGUGAUUUCAGUACGAGUGGCCAUUGCAGCAUAUUUUCUCAUUAUUAAAACCCCCCAAAAAAUGUUAGAUUGUGCUUAACAAAGGUACAAACGGAUAGCACUGGCGGUUAUCCGGUGAAUUAAAACUGGCAUCAGCUGACGUUAGCUCGCUAGCUACUCAGCAAGCGGCCACUAGCCUCUUUUGCCUCGCUACCUGUCACCGGAGAACACUGAGUCUUGUAUGAGAGGCUGUAAAUUACAUAUUGGCACAACUUUGCCUGAUAUUGGAGAACUGCCGAACUUGGUUUAAGUAUUUAUUUUUUUGAUCGUGUUGUCUGUUGGUCGUAUUUUAGUCAAAACGGCGCCGUUAACGAACUGCAACCUUAUUGCAUACUGUCAGAGACCAACUUCCCCCCGGAUUCUCUCGAAAUGCAUCAUCCGGACCCUGCAGGAGACUCUGGCAGUGUUAGAAAGAUGGCGCACCCGUCUGUCUUUCACAGAAGGGGUAGCAACACAGUCAGCGGGAGCGGCUCCACGCUGUCAACACCGGCAAACCCGGUGGUCAAUAACAGCCACGUCCCAGCCGAUGAUUAUCAACCCUCCCUGUUGAUUCAGUGCCAACCUCCUGCUGGUUCAUCCUCCCCAGGUCCUCAUCAUAUUCCACCCCACAGCCUGAAUCUGCAUUCCCAGCCCCAGCCCGCACAGUCGACUGGAGCUCAGAUAAAAAAGAAGAGUGGUUUCCAGAUCACAAGUGUGACUCCGGCACAAAUAUCUGUGAGUACCAACAACAGUAUUGCAGAAGACACAGAAAGCUACGAUGACCUGGAUGAGUCCCACACGGAGGAUCUCUCAUCUUCUGAAAUCCUGGAUGUGUCCCUCUCCCGAGCUAAUGACAUAGGCGGAGCAGAGAGAAGCUCUUCGGAGGAGACGCUGAAUCAUUUCCAUGAGGCAGAGACCCCUGGAGCUGUCUCCCCCAACCAGCCCUCACACCCCCAUGCCCUGAACCAGGCUCAACAGCACGGUGGGGCCAUGGUGAACGGGACUGUGCACCAUCAACACCCUCCUCAUCCUAACCAUGCCCAGGUCUAUCCUUUGACCUCUGGGCCUGGGGGCACCCAAUCUGCCCUCACUUCUGGAGCUUUACCUUGUGUCACCCAGAAAAUGCCUUCUAACGUGGGGGUCCCUCAAGAGAAUGUUUCCCAGGCUGCCCCUCUAAGUAUUGUUGCUCAGCCUGUCGGGGUUGUGACCCCAGGAUCUGUCUCUGGAAUGCACAGCUCUGCUACAGGCACUACAGUUAGCAUAGUUAAUCCCCAGACCAGCACUGUUAGUAAUGUGAAUAUGUUGAGCUCUGCCAACGUGCCUGUGAGAGGGGGGAUCAGCAUGAGCGCUAGCAGUGGUGGCUUUCCUCUCAAUGUGAUAAGUGGCAGUGGGGGGAGCGGAGGCAGUGCUGUUGCAGCUGGAGGUAACCCUACAGCCACCACCAAUGUCAGCAUGAUCCAGCAACAACAAAAAAUCAACUCCAACAUCCCUAUGACUACUGCGACUACAGCUGCUGCUGUCCGUGCCUCUGGAGGGAUUGGACUCUCCAGCGGGAUCCAGGGAAGAGCUGGAUCUGCUGUGCUGCAGCCUGUGAGUGCCCCUGUCACAGCUGCGGCCCCAGCCCCUGUACCAACCCCUCCUGCCCAGCCUGCCCCAGCUGCAGCCCCUGCGGUGGCUGCCGCCAGUUCUCGCUUCAGGGUGGUGAAGCUGGACUCUAGCUCUGAACCCUUUAAGAAGGGCAGAUGGACAUGCACUGAAUUCUAUGACAAGGAGACCCCAGCCUCCGCUCCCAGCUCCUCUGCAUCCGAUGCUGGCUCUCUCAGCAUGCGUCAGUUUGUCUCGGAGAGCUUUGCUGGGGCCUCAGAGAGGGAAAGCACAAGUGGUAGUUCUGUGAGUAGCGCUAUGAGUACAUUGAGCCAUUAUACUGAAAGUGUGUGCAGUGGAGAGGCAGGGGGACCCCCAGUACACCAGCACACCCAGGAUUAUGCGUCCCCUCCUCAGGGCUUUCAAGGAAUCCUCCCCAGUGGCUUAAGCAUGGGAGUGCCCCAACCUCACUUGCACCCCCAGGAUAUUACCCAUUCACAUGUGAAGACUACUGUGGCCCCCUCGGCCCCUACUAACAUUCAUCAGCCUGCUCCCAUGCAAGGCCGCCAGACCGCCAGUGGGCUCCCUACAUCGGCUCAGCAGCUCACUUAUGCCCAGGCAGUUGCUAAUCAAUCCUCAGGCUCCACACAUGGCCUUGUGGGUGUUCAGCAGCAGCAGCAGCAGCAGCAGCAGCAGGUAGGCUAUGCUACCCUGCCACAGCAACCACCUGCUACCACCCAAGCAGCCCCAGUGCAGGUGAGGGCACCUGAAUACACCCAUCCACACCAAGGUAUCCCCCAGGCUGCUGCUUCUCAACCUCUGUCCAACCAAGCUGGAUCAGCACUCCUUCACACACAGCCCCAGCAGCCCUCGUCCCUUCAGGCCACCACCUCCAGUAUGACCCCUCACGUUGGAGUGCCAGGUCUUGGCCAGCAGCCUCAGAACCAGCCAAGCCAUCUGGAUUGCCAGCAACCGACGCCACAGUCACUCCCAACACAAAUCCAAAACCAGGGCCUGGGCACCCAGCUGCCGACAACAGUCCACCAGAGCCAAGUGUCUGCAUCGAGUGUGCCUCAGAGCGCCCCCCAGGCCCAGCCCCAAGGCCACAACACUGGGAAUAGUGGUAGGAUGCCCCCACAGGGUGUCUCACAGAGCCAACUGUCUAUUGUCAGCUCUUCCCAGGACCACAGCAGUGCCCAGGCCCUGGCUCAUGCUGCCCAGGCCAGUGCCCUCUAUGCUAGCCUGCCCACCUUCACCACCACCCAGCUGCAGGAUGCCCAGCGGCUGCUCCUCCAGCACCAGUCGGCUUUGUUGGGGCUGCCCAAGCUGUCCGGAGGGGAGGCUGGAUCUGGAUCCAGCACUGGCCAGGGUCAUGAAGCUGAGGGCAUCGCCGCUACCGCCAGUGCCUUAACUGCAUCAGCUGGUCUCAAAACGGUGGAUGGGGAGGAGGAUGGUUCGUCAGGAGCCAGCGUUGUGGCCAUAGACAACAAGAUUGAACAAGCAAUGGACCUCGUGAAGAGCCACCUGAUGUAUGCUGUGCGUGAGGAGGUGGAGGUCCUAAAGGAGCAGAUCAAGGAGCUGAUUGACCGCAACUCUCAGUUGGAGCAGGAGAACACCCUGUUGAAGACACUGGCCAGCCCAGAGCAGAUGGCCCAGUUCCAGGCCCAGGUUCAGACCGGCUCCCCGCCUGCCCCUUCAACAUCUGCCACACCGGGAACCCCAAGCACCGCUGCACUUGCUCAGCCCCCCUCGCACAGCUCCGGCCCGUCGGCGUAGCCUGGUCUGCACUGACUGACUGACUUACUGACCGUUUUUUUCCAGUUCUGCUACAGCAGCAGAGCUAAACCUUGCCUUCUACAGCAGGAGGUUACGCUGUUAAGACAAGAAUUUGCACAUAUUUAUCUCUCAGAAGGAUGCAGCCAGCGGGACAUGCAGUGCUUUACAGCACGGUGGUGGA